AUGCAGGGCUACCUGACAGCGUUCCGGGAGUCGGAGAACAUGCCGCAGCCGCCGCCGCUUGUUCUGGAGUACAUUCAGGUCGCCCCGGGCGCCGUCCACCCGGAGGACCCGGAGGACUUUCCCGGGUAUCACGCCGCGCUCGAGGACUCGAUGGCUGCGCCGGCCGUGCCCGUGGUGCCCCUCGACGACAGUAGCAGCAGCGACGACAGCGACAACGGCGACGGGCUCUAUGACGAGGCAGACUUCGGCAGCGUGGAGGACGAGUAG